AACGACUUCACGCCGCUCGAGUUCGAGGAGAUCGUCGACCUCUUCCAGGAGUACGACCGCUCCGGCGACGGCGAGAUCAACUGCGACGAGCUCUUCGACAUGAUGCGCGCCCUCGAGAUGGACCACAGCGUCGACAAGGCCGCGCAGCUCAUGAAGGACAUCGACGCGGACGGGUCCGGCCAGCUCGACUUCGGCGAGUUCUGCGCGCUGCUCGCGAAG